AUGACCAUAGUUGAAUUAUUUGACGAGAUUGCUAUGCACAUAAAUCGACUAAAUGUAGUUGGAGUCCAGGCUGACCAAUUUAAGUUGCUUGUCCAUUUUGUAAUGAUUUGAGUGUAUGUUCAAAGUUGCUCAUUUUCCCAUUGGGAAUCAUCCUACGCUACUUGAAAAGUCCCAUAAUUCGAAAAUCCUAUACAUUUUUUUGGGGACUCUUCUUUAUGUUGUACUUGGGAGCUCAAUGGAUAGAGUUGGUUGUGGCAUAGACUCUAGUCAUAUAUUUUAUGAGAUUACUGAGGAGACCAUUCAUCCCCAUUGCAUCAAUCAGCUUUUUCGUUUUAGGCUACUUACAUUACGACCGCAUCAUGGUUAAUGGCAAACUAUCAGUAGAACGCAGACUCGUCUUGGAAGAUGGGAUUUAACGUAGUGCAGAUGAUGUUGACAUGUCGAUUCGUAUACGUGGGAGUUGCUGCUUAAGAUCAAUUAUCCUUCACAUUUCUCGAUUACCUCAGUUAUGUGUUCUAUUUUCCAAACAUCAUCGUUGGCACAGUUCCCUUUACAGCCUACAUUGAUUUCAUCAAUCUGAAGGGAGUCUAUGCAAAUAUGGGUUACAGUUUUAAAAUGGCUUUCAUAUCCCUUUUUAAGGCUAUUCUCUUUGUGGCAGGUAUCUAAUUAAUCAAUUGUGAUUAGCUGAUCAACUCAUAAGACCUAAGUUCAGUUUCGCCUACUUUGGUACUCAGUAAUGGGAAGAGCAUUCACUUUUGACUCGUCAUCUAAUUUGCCAAUUGAUUUCUUGUUGCGAGCGAUUCAAAUACUUCCUUGCAUUUAACUUCUCUUAGGCUUCAAUGGAUGCAGGAGGAAUUACAUUUGAUGGACAAGGUACAAUAAAAAUAAGUAACAAUAGAGUUUUCUAAUUAUCGUUUGGCUAAUUACAAAUUUGAGAUCGAGUUUUCACCUAUAAGAAGAACAAAGCAUUGGAAUUCGAGUGUUCAGGCAUGGUUGCAAACUUGUUUUUAUGAUAGAUACAAGUAACACAAAUCAGCUCUGCUCCUCACUUUUGUUUUGAGUGCUUACUGGUAUGAUAUUAUACUAUGAAAGGCACGGUUUCUUUAUUGCAUACUAUGUGUUUUUUAUUGAAUGGGCUAUUUUCAACGAGAUCACCAAGUAGGUUUAUAGAGCAAAGGAUAAAUUUAAAUUGUAAACACUUAUAAUUAUGUCGAAAGUAUCCCGAUUCCAAUCCAGAAAAUCAUUUGCGCUGUUUAUGGACAGUUGGCUGUGAAUUCAACUGCCACUCCCAUAGGAUUAUUGAAAUGGGAUAGGGUGUUGAAAGCAAUGAGUGAUCUUGGAUGGGUGGCUCAAAUAGUGAUGGUCGUGGUUUGGGGGUUUUUCAAGAUUACGAAAUUUGGAUAGGGGAAAAGGAAAGAGUGAU